GGCCCUUUGAAUUGUUGGCAGCCAUUACAGAGCUGAAGGAAAAAUACCAAUGGGCGUUUACUUGAAUGAAAGGCAAAUUGAUAGCACAAAAGAAAUGGAAAGAAAGGCAAGAAAAAGAAAAGGCUCAUUUAUAAACGGUCCACCAAAUAAAAGGUUCCGUAAAAACUAUGUUGGAUUUCGAGCUGGCAGCUGUCUUACAGCUAAAAGAAGAAACUUUAAAAAAGGCAAACAUAAGUUUCGUCGUUCGAGUCGUCCAGCUACAGUCCACGUCAUCUUAUGGGCCUUUUUUAAACAACAGAUCCAGAGCCACGCUUAUAAAAGAAGCAUAAAGGAUAUAGAAAUGAGAGCAAAGAAACAAACAGAUACACAAUGGGAGACGCCAGUGUGUUCUGGGACACUGGCACUGCAGAUGUUGAUCCUCGGUGCUCAGAGGUCCUACAUGAAAGAAGCUUUAGGCUUAUACCAGUAUUUCAAUACUUGUGUCCCAGACACAUUAUUGGCUUCAUUUCAUAUUCUUUCCAUCAAAUAUCUACAUGUCGAGGCUCUAUUGAGAUCAGAUGACCUUUUCAGAGUCCUCAUGAAAACAUUAAAUGAAGAAAAGUAUAAUUACGCAAGAGCUCUUUGGAUUAGAGAGCUGGAUGAUUUUAACAAACUCAACCGUUUCAGUAAUAUAAAAGAUCAUUUCCCAAUUAUUGAUAAACUGGUAUGUGCUAAAGUUGAUUAUCAUCAGAAAAGCCCAGAGGACCAUCCUAUAUAUGAAAAAACGCUGAGUAAAUUUCGGCCAUUUGGUGAUCUGAGGGCUUUGGGUGACAUAUGGGAUCCAUCUCUUGUUCUGGUGUAUCGAGAUGUUCACAAUCCACGUUACGAUCCCUGCAUGCCUAGUAUACCACCCCUAGCUGUUAUAGAUGACAACAAAAGGUAACCCGUUAAAAAUCAUACUAUGUUGUGGACCUGGGGGCAUUGCAGAAACUGUGACUCUUUAAUAGACUCUUUAACUGUUCUUUAAUAGACAAACAUUACUAAAAAAAUUGCUGUGCACUUGAGUCCUGACAGAUUUAUUGUAUUGUAAACACUAUAGUCGAUCACAUUGAGCAGUGUUAUAAUAGUUUAUAACAGAUUAUGUACAGUGUUGUAUUUAUUGUCUCAUGUAUUUAUUGUUAUUUGUACUGAUUCAACUACUUGAAUAGUGUGUAUUUUUGCACUACAUGUCUGGUGAUAUACAAUGAGGGAAAAAAUGAUUUGAUCCCCUGCUGAUUUUGUACGUUUGUCCACUGACAAAGAAAUGAUCAGUCUGUAAUUUUAAUGGUAGGUUUAUCUGAACAGUGAGAGACAGAAUAACAACAAAAAAUCCAGAAAAACACAUUUCAAAAAAGUUCUACAUUCAUUUGCAUUUUAUUGAGUGAAAUAAGUAUUUGAUCCCUUUGUAAAACAUGACUUAGUACUUGGUGGCAAACCCUUGUUGGGAAUCACAGACGUCAGACAUUUCUUGUAGUUGGCCACCAGGUUUGCACACAUCUCACAUCUCAAGGAAUUUGGGCCCACUCCUCUUUGCAGAUCCUCUCCAAGUCAUUAAGGUUUUGUGGCUGACCCUUCAGCUCCCUCCACAGAUUUUCUAUGGGAUUAAGGUCUGGAGACUGGCUAGGCCACUACAGGACCUUAAUGUAACCAAUGAUUGUUUUCUUGGUGACUAUGGUCCCUUGGCUGCCUUGAGAUCAUUGACAAAAUCCUCCAGUGUAAUUCUGGGCUGAUUCCUCGCCGUUCUCAUGAUCAUUGAAACUCCAUGAGGUGAGAUCUUGCAUGGAGCCCCAGACCGAGGAAGAUUGACAGUCCUUUUGUGUUUCUUCCAUUUGGGAAUAAUCACAUCAACUGUUGUCACCUUCUCACCAAGCUGCUUGGCGAUGGUCUUGUAGCUCAUUCCAGCCUUGUGUAGGUCUACAAUCUUGUCCCUGACAUCCAUGGACAGCUCUUUGGUCUUGGCCAUGAUGGAGAGUUUGGAAUCUGAUUGACUGCUUCCUUCUGUGGACAGGUGUCUUUCAUACAGUUAACGAACUGAAAUUAAGAGCACUCCCCGAGAGUGCUCCUACUGUAAUCUCAGCUCCUUACCUGUAUAAAAGACACCUGGGAGCCGGAAAUCUUUCUGAUUGAUAGGGGAUCAAAUACUUAUUUCACUCAUUAAAAUGCAAAUCAAUGUAGAACUUUUCUGAAAUGCGUUUUUCUGGAUUUUUUUUUGUUGUUAUUCUGCCUCUCACUGUUCAGAUAAACCUACCAUUAAAAUUACAGACUGAUCAUUUCUUUGUCAGUGGGCAAACGUACAAAAUCAGCAGGGGAUCAAAUCAUUUUUUCCCUCACUGUACUGUCAUCUAUCUAUCUAUCUAUCUAUCUAUCUAUCUAUCUAUCUAUCUAUCUGUCUGUCUGUCUGUCUGUCUGUCUAUCUAUCUAUCUAUCUAUCUAUCUAUCUAUCUAUCUAUCUAUCUAUCUAUCUAUCAUUAACUACUGAAUAACUAGAAUCAACAACAGAUACAGAUCACAUUCAAACAAUAAUAUUCUACAGUUUUAUUAAUUUUGUGAAUUUUAUUUUCCCUUCUUUGGAACUGUUACAAAGGCCUCAUUAGAAUUUAUUGGACUGUAAAAAAAAAAAACAAUGAUUUUUGUUUAUUUAUUUAUUUUUUUUAGUGUGUGUGUGUGUGUGUUUGUUGUGAAAGACUUGUUGAAUGUAAUAAAUGGCAAGAAGAAAGUAUGUCUGUAAUAAACUGCACCAGCAAACACCCCCACUCCCUGUAGUGGAUAGUAAAGACAUCAGAGAACAUGAUAAGGCUCUCUCUCAAACCAGUACAGAACAUCUACCACAACUAGAGCCGUAGUAAGUUCACCAGAAUAGUGAUCAACUCAUCAUGCUGCUCCCAUAAACUCUUCAUUCCUUUGCCAUCUGACAGAAUGCACCCAGACCAUGUACACCAAAUCACAGAAAGGCUUCUUUCCACAAGCUGUCAGGAACCUCAUCUGCCUCCUAUGCACCUCCCUCAGAAUUGCAACCCUGUCAUUAAGCACCAGACACUUUAAUCUCUAGUCACCACAUCUCCAUCUGGAUAGUAAAGACAUCAGAGAACAUGAUAAGGCUCUCUCUCAAACCAGUACAGAACAUCUACCACAACUAGAGCCGUAGUAAGUUCACCAGAAUAGUGAUCAACUCAUCAUGCUGCUCCCAUAAACUCUUCAUUCCUUUGCCAUCUGACAGAAUGCACCCAGACCAUGUACACCAAAUCACAGAAAGGCUUCUUUCCACAAGCUGUCAGGAACCUCAUCUGCCUCCUAUGCACCUCCCUCAGAAUUGCAACCCUGUCAUUAAGCACCAGACACUUUAAUCUCUAGUCACCACAUCUCCAUCUGGAUAGUAAAGACAUCAGAGAACAUGAUAAGGCUCUCUCUCAAACCAGUACAGAACAUCUACCACAACUAGAGCCGUAGUAAGUUCACCAGAAUAGUGAUCAACUCAUCAUGCUGCUCCCAUAAACUCUUCAUUCCUUUGCCAUCUGACAGAAUGCACCCAGACCAUGUACACCAAAUCACAGAAAGGCUUCUUUCCACAAGCUGUCAGGAACCUCAUCUGCCUCCUAUGCACCUCCCUCAGAAUUGCAACCCUGUCAUUAAGCACCAGACACUUUAAUCACUAGUCACCACAUCUCCAUCUAGUGGCCCUUUACCACAGACUU